AUGGAUGACUUCAACGCCAAGAUCGGCAGUGACAACCGAGGAUAUGAGGAGAUCAUGGGAAAGCAAGGGUUAGGCGAGAUGAACGACAACGGGGAGAGAUUCGCCGACCUGUGCGCCUUAAGUAACCUGGUCAUCAGAGGAAGUGUUUUCCACCACAGAAGGAUACACAAGGCAACUUGGGUGACACCAGACCUGUCAACGGAGAACCAGAUUGACCACUUGUGCAUCGCAAGGAGUUUUCGUCGCUCUCUUAAGGAUACGGCGACAGAAGAAAAAAGCAGAGAAGGCCUAAGAGAUAUCAGAUCCGACCAAGGCUGCCAGAGAUCGAAAGAGACUGUACAAGAUCUGGUGAGCUCCUGCGUCAUGCUUAGCUGCAUGGCAAUAUCAGAAGAAGACUUGGAAGAGAUUUCAAAUAUAUUGGACGAACAAUUCAGUGAUGAGAUGGAAGAAGAAACCACACUUAAGUUUGUGGCUACCAAGAUCGAUACAGAAGGCUAUAUAUAG